AUGCCCACCCCUAGUUGUAAUGACGUCGAGUUAGGUUUCACCGUUGAGGAAGAAGAGAACGAUCUCAUCACAUGCAAAACGCACCGCGCAAGUGAGGCAACAUUAUCUGGGACUAGCUCUUAUGGCGAAAGCUUUUUCACCGGAACUAUCUCACCGUCGCUGGCUAAACUUGAGCACCUCGAAGCUCUCUCCUUCAUCUACUUUCUAAAGGUCUCUGUACCAUUUCCCCAAUUCAUUUUCCGAUUACCGAAGCUGAAGUAUCUUACCAUCAACGCUAAUCGUCUCACCGGACCCCUUCCCGCCAACAUUGGCGCGCUAAGCCAGCUGGUUGAACUCGAUCUCGGGGAAAACCGGUUAACCGGUCCGAUCCCGAGUUCCAUAUCCAAUUUGACACGGUUAACUCUUCUCAAUCUUGGCGGGAAUCGUCUCUCGGGCACCAUCCCAAAUAUUUUCAAAUCCAUGACACACCUAGCGUCUCUCGAUCUCUCCCGCAAUGGAUUUUCAGGAGAAAUUCCUCCAUCAACUGCGUCUCUCGCGGGGCGUCUCGUGCAACUCUUUCUGAGCGGGAACAAUCUCUCGGGGACCAUUCCUAACUAUUUUUCAGGGUUCAAUAGCCUGGCCGUAGUGGAUCUUUCGAGGAAUCAGUUUUAUGGGGCCGUGCCCAUGUUUAAAAUUGUUUCCCAUCUCAACCUCUCCCACAAUCUUCUAACCGGCCCAUUCCCUGCCUUGAAGAAGGCCUACGACGGCGGCAUCGCCGCUCUCGAUCUGUCCUACAACAAAUUUAACCUGAAAAAGAUUCCAAAAUGGGUCACUUCCUCCCAGUUCAUAUUUAACUUGAAGCUUGUUAAAUGCGGGAUCAAGAUGAACAUGAACAAGUGGAAGCCAGUGAGACCCACUUCUUAUUUUUCCAUCGAUCUCUCUGAAAACAAUAUCUCAGGGACUCCUUCAAUGUUCCUAAGCCAGGCCGAGAAUCUUCAGGAGUUCCAAGCGUCCGGUAACAAACUCCGAUUUGACAUGGGGAACCUAAAUUUCUCCCAGUUUCUGACAGUCAUGGAUCUUUCGAGGAACUUGGUAUAUGGGAAGGUGCCCCCAUCGGUGGCUGGAGUCGAAAAAUUGAACUUGAGUCAUAACCAUCUAUGUGGACAACUCCCUGUUACUAAGUUUCCAGCCAGCGUUUUCGCCGGCAACGACUGUCUCUGCGGCUUUCCACUUUCUCCUUGCAAAGCUUAGCCCCCACAACAACAAAACAACUUCUUUGUAUUUGAAUUUUUACUACUAUCAGACAGACGUGUACGUCCAAAUAAGAUUUGUAUUUUUCACUAUA